AUGGCGUCCACCUCCGACCCGCAGAAUGAGCUCCGCUUUGACAAGGAGCUGUUCAGGAAGGAGUUGCAACGAUUGGUGGACGAUCAUUCCCUUGACAACUUGUUUGAUGCUCGAGUAGCUCAUUUGUUGGAUGAGAGUCAGGGCGAAGGCGAAGCGGAUUGGAGGUCAAUGCGAGCCGAAUAUCGCCUGCCUACGCUCAAGCACGCCGGUGUGCCAGGCGGCAGUGAUGGUGAGUGUGGGGUCAGCAGAUCCGAGUAGGCGAUGCUGUUUUGCUAAGCCUCGCACAUUCCACACUUGUUCUCCAGAGCCAGCCAUAUACCUUUGCGGCAACUCUCUGGGACCGAUGACAAAGAGGACCGAGCUGUACGUACAGCAAGAACUCGAUGCCUGGGGCCAAAAGGCCGUCUUGGGUCACUGGGAUCAUCCGCAUGGCCGACCUUGGACAAGGUGCGAGGAGCGGAUAGGCAGAAUCAUGAGUGACAUGGUCGGUGAGUCGGCAGACGCAGCAUUCAUGCGCAUGUGCUGGGACGCUCUAGGGCUCACUCAGGCAUCGGGCUCCGCAUUCAUCCAGGCGCCAAGCCAUCCGAAGUCAUCGUCAUGUCCACCUUGACCGCCAACUUACACAGUAUGCUGGCCACGUUCUACCGACCUGGCAAGCAGCUGCCGCAGAGUGGCUGGAGUGCGCAAGCAUCGCCCAGUGUGUGCGCGAAUUACAAGCGCCGCACCAAGAUCCUCUACGAAGCCAAGGCUUUUCCGUCGGAUCAGUACGCUUUGGCUAGCGCAGUCGCUUUGGCUGGAGAGGAUCCCAAGGCAGCCCUAGUGCCUUUGCAUGCUCCCUCAGGUAGCGACACCAUAAGUACGGAGGACAUCCUACGAGCACUAGAAGUGCAUGGCGACGAAGUGUCCAUGAUCAUGCUUGGUGGGCUGCAGUAUAUAACUGGACAGCUCUUCGAUCUGCCUCGCAUCACUCGACGAGCUCACGAGUUGGUGAGACCCUAACCUCACAUCAAGUCGUGAGCUUGACGCUGACUUCCUGCGCAUCGACCGCGUUCGCAGGGCAUACUAGCAGGAUUUGACCUCGCGCACGCCUUUGCCAACGUCCCUCUUGCAUUGCACGACUGGGACGUCGAUUUCGCAGUCUGGUGCACGUACAAGUAUGGGUCUUCUGGACCUGGCGGCAUUGCCGGCGCUUUUGUACAUGAGAGAUGGGGUGACAUUGGUAUGCGAACCCAUCUUGAUCGGCCCGGCGCGUACGAAGGAGCCGAGGGCUUACUUAGGUGAAUUUGCGCUCGCCCCUGCUCUUCGCGUGUUGAUGGUCUGGCUUACGAUUCCUCCUAUAAAUCGAACUCUCUAGACCGGCUGGCUGGUGGGGACAUGAAAAGAGCACCCGCUUCAGCAUGCCAAACUCUUUCCGCUCGAUGAAGGGAGCAGCGGGUUGGCAGCUAUCAAACCCUUCUGCACUAGAUGCUGCGGCUUUGCUAGGCUCUCUGGAGACGCUGGCUCAGGUCGUCAAGGGUCAAGAUGUGGGAGGGGUAGAGUGGGCGGACAAGAUCGAGUCUAUUGAAGGCACCACUGCCAUUGGCAAAGGUCAAAUCAUGCCACGUCUCAGACCUAGGUCAGCGAGACUGACCGCCUACCUUGAGCUGCUACUGCUGGAACAUUUCAUCCCAAAGCAAACGCAAGUGCGGAUCAUCACCCCCGCAGACCCGAGCCAACGCGGCUCGAUGUUGA